GUUGAAAAACAAGAUAAAAAGAAACAAAAAACCGGAAGAGCUAAAAAGCGUGCGGUCUAUAACAGAAGAUUUGUUAACGUUACUCUUACUGGUGGCAAGAGAAGGAUGAACCCUGCUCCAACAAGCGACAGACCUUGA